CUGACAUUGACGUUCCUUUGACAGCUCCAGAGUCGCUUAUUGACACUCUUUUUUGGUCGGAUUUCUCCGCGAAGGACUGAAUAAUGGCAAAGCAAAAGGGUGAAAAGAAGGGCAAAUCUGCCAUCAAUGAAGUCGUCACCAGGGAAUACACGGUGAACCUGCACAAGAGGUUACACGGGAUCGGUUUCAAAAAGAGGGCCCCCAGAGCCAUCAAGGAAAUCCGUAAGUUCGCUCUGAAGCAGAUGGGUACCCCCGAUGUCAGGAUCGAUACUAGACUGAACAAACAGUUGUGGUCUAAAGGAAUCAGGAACGUGCCUUUCCGUGUAAGAGUCCGUCUGUCCAGAAGAAGGAACGACGACGAAGAUUCAGUCAAUAAACUGUACACGUUAGUCACAUACGUUCCAGUAGCUACUUUUAAGGCUCUUCAAACAGAAAAUGUUGACGCCAGUCAAGAGUAAAUGACAUAUUUUUUAAGUU